AUACUUCCCAGUGCAAGCAAUGCGCCUUACUGAAAUUUGUAUUUUUAAGUAGUUAUUGAUGAGAAUAUCUUCACGAGGCAGCCAAUUAGUAUGUGUUGCUACAAAAUUCGAAAUCAUUAGUACAAGAUUGUGUGUUUAGUAACAAUGAUACACGUGUAGAAUUGUGUAGAUAAGCGCUUCCAUCUUAUCCAGUAAUCAGGUAUGGAUGAGAAACGAGUAGCCAUCGUGGGCGCCGGAAUCAGCGGCCUCCUCGCCUGCAAAUACGCGGCGGCGAAGGGCUUCACUCCGGUGGUCUUCGAAGAGCAAGACAAGGUUGGCGGGCUGUGGAAUCACACUCUAGAGUCCACCACCCUUCAAGUUCCUAAGCAGUUGUAUGAAUUUUCAGACUUCCCAUGGCCUUCUUCUGUCAAAGAAUUGCUCCCCCACAACACCCAACUCACUCAAUAUCUCCAAUCCUACGCUCAGAAAUUCCAGCUGUUGCAGUACGUCAAUUUCAAUAGCACAGUAAUCGAUGUUGAUUAUGUGGGAGAAUCUGAAGAAGAGAUGAAUUGCUGGGGUGGAGAUGGCAAAGCCUUUAGAUCCAAACGGAAAUGGAUUCUCAAAGUCUCCCACUCUGGAGAUCAUGGCUCCAUCAAGGUAGAGUAUGAAGCAGAGUUCUUGGUUCUGUGCAUUGGGAAAUUCAGUGGUCUUCCAAAUAUCCCGGAGUUUGCUCCGGGAUAUGGAAGCGAUGCGUUUUCGGGGAAAGUAAUGCACUCCAUGGAUCUCGCCAAAAUGGAGAAUGCUGCAGCUGCUAAACUCAUCAAGGGAAAACGUGUCGUCGUUAUCGGUUCUGGGAAAUCAGCAGUCGACAUUGCGUACGAGUGCGCCAAUCUAAAUGGAAGAGAUAAUCCUUGCACAAUGGUACAAAGAAGAAUCCAUUGGAUGAUACCCCACGACGCCCAGCCAUGGGGGCUAAGCUUCAGCUUUUUGUUCUUCACUCGCUUUGCUGAGCUCAUGCUUCACAAGCCCGGCCAGGGCUCUUUGUUCACCGCCGCCACAAUCUUGCUAACUCCACUGCGAUGGGUUGUGAACAAGCUGGUGGAAAUCUAUCUUAAAUGGCGACUUCCCAUUAAAAAAUAUGACAUGGUUCCAACGGAAAACUUCGUGGGACAAGCCUCGUCUUGUCAGAUACACUUCCUGCAGCCGAACUUCUACGACAGAGUAGAAGACGGCAGCAUUCUGAUGAAAAAAUCGAAAAGCUUCACCUUCUGCAAAGAGGGUGUGAUCCUCGAGGGAGAAGCUGUCCCGUUGCAAGCAGACGUGGUCAUCUUUGCGACGGGAUAUAAAGGCAAGGAGAAGCUGAAGAACAUGUUCGCUUCUCCCACUUUCCAAAACUACAUAUAUGGAUCUCCAAACUCGAUUGUGCCUCUCUACAGACAGAUGAUCCAUCCAAGAAUCCCACAGCUGGCAGUGAUAGGCUACACGGAGUCUCUGUCGUGUUUGUUCACAUUUGAAAUGAGGUGCAAAUGGCUGUCCCAUUUUCUGGAUGGGGAGUUCAGGUUGCCGAAUAUAAGAGAGAUGGAGAAGGAGAUGGAAGGGUGGGAGAAAUACAUGAAGAGGUAUGCAGGCAAGGGAAGGUCAUGCAUUGGUGGGGUGCCUAUUUGGUACAAUGAUCAAUUAUGUAGAGACAUUGGGUCUGCUCCCAAAAGAAAGAAUGGCUUCAUUUCCGAGCUGUUUCAGCCUUAUGGCCCACCCGACUACCACCACCUAUAACUUUCUAUAAUCUCCUCCACUCAAUUUGGUUAUUCCCUUCCCACUCUUUAAUAGAGGACAAUCGAAUUUAAUUAUAUUCUGUUGUUGCUUUCAUGUGUUUUAUUUUGCUCGAGAGGUUGACAUUGUUAAGAUAUUCACACUUUAGUUGUUCUAUGAUGAAAAUAUAGUAAAAUAUGUCAAUGUAAAUAUUUAAUGUGUUACCCAUUCCGUCCUCAUUAAAUGUCUCAUAUUCUUCA